AUGAAGGAUCUGGGAGAACUAAAGUUCUUUCUAGGUAUUAAAUUUGAAAGGUCUAACAAAGGGAUCCUAAUGAGUCAGAGAAAAUAUGCUUUAGAGUUGAUCUUUGAAACAGGUCUCAGUGGAGCAAAGCUAGUAAGUACACCUAUGGAGCUCUACCAAAAGCUGAGUACUAUAGAAUAUGAUUUAUCCUUCAGAAAAGGAAAUGCUACUGCUGAUGAAGUGCUAAGAGAUCCUGGUGUUUAUCAAAGACUAGUUGGGAAAUUACUAUACCUAAUUAUGACCAGACCUGACAUCGCCUUUGUCGUACAGGUUUUAAGUCAAUUUAUGCAUUGUCCUAGAAUUUCUCAUAUGGAGGCAGCAUCAAGAGUAGUGAGGUAUAUAAAGAAAGCACCUGGUCUUGGACUACUUAUGCCUGCAAAAGACACAAAGAAUCUGACUGCCUACUGUGAUUCUGAUUGGGAAGCUUGUGUAGAAACAAGAAGAUCAGUAACUGGCUAUCUGGUGAAAUUUGGAAAUGCCCUAGUAUCUUGGAAGUCCAAGAAGCAAAGCAUUGUCUCCAGAAGCUCAACUGAAGCAGAAUUCAGGAGUAUGGCCUCUUGUGCAGCAGAGGUUAAUUGGUUUAUAGGGUUAUAUGCAGAACUAGGAAGAAAAGUGUGUUUGCCUAUGAAGUUAGUAUGUGACAGCAAGGCAGCAAUCCAAAUUGCUGCAAAUCCAAUCUUUCAUGAGAGAACAAAGCAUAUUGACAUUGAUUGUCAUUUUGUGAGGGAAAAACUAUGUGAAGGAAUGUUGAAGACUAAGUAUGUACAUACUGAAGAUCAAUUGGCAGACCUACUAAAUAAGUGUCUUGGAAAAGCUCAACAAGAGUAUCUGUUAAACAAUUUUGGGUUGAAGAAUGUGUAUCAAUCAUCAGUUUGA